CUAGUCUUCUUCAUCGAUGUCUCCUGCUGCUGUCCUGGUGCUGUAUUUGCUCCUGCUGCCGCCACUGCUGGCCACCGAUCGUGGCCUGCUGCUACUGCUACUGCUGGUGGUCGUUGUGGUGCCGGGUUUGAUGCCCAGGGGGAUGAUGGUGACUUGAUGAAACUCAUCCUGAAACACAGAGAGAGAGAGAGAGAGGCAAGAGGUACCGAACAUUACGAUACGUCAACGUGUGCAUCUUGAUGGGUCGAGCCCCUCCCUCACUCGGUGGUAGAGGUUUAUCAUUUGGAAAGUCUUCUUGACGACGUCCUUCUCCCUCUCGCGCACCAAGGCCUGCUUGCAACACACACACACGCACACCCACGCCAAGACGGGCAAUCAAGGUUAUGCAAUGGUGUGCGGUGCUGUGCUCUGCUGUCGCGAAUUGUGUUGACUGACCUUGGCCUGCUGUUUGAAGCUUCGCGAGUGGAUGAGUGCCAGUGUGGUAUAGGCGUCAAAGAAGGGCUGAGGGUUGUAGGCCAGCCUCAGGGACGGGUCCACCACCUCAUCCAGCCACCUGAGCAGCCAUGUAUCAGGCACUAUGACGGGCGACAUGAACGGCAAUCACGUACCUUCUCUUCAGCUCACGCAGUGCCCUGCACUCAAAGGCCACCCCCACGGCAAGCACGUCGGCCUCGCGGAUGUGCGACGCCUGCCAGACAGACAUGGGAAGGUCUGCCACUCACCCGUCGUGUGUGUGCCUCGCCGGCCUCUCGCCUGACCUUUUCGACUGUGACUGAUCGGACGGAGCAACUCGACGGCUGCACCUGCGACGCACAGGCCUGCAGCCUGGCGAGCUCCGCCUUGGGCACUGCAGCGCGCCACGCACACAGAGGCAGGGUAGGUGUAGGCUAUGCGUGCGCGCCGCACCAAUCGGUCAAUCCAACAAACCAUCAUAUCAUGGGGCACGCAAGCGGCGAGUGUGUGCAGUGCAGUGCACGGUAGGUACCAUUUGUGAGGCAAACGAUUCGAAGGUCCUCCUGUGCCACACGUUGAAACAACCUGCACACACUCACAGACGGAGAGAGAGAGAGAGAGAGAGAGAGAGAGAGAGCACUGUAGAAGGCUAUAAUUUUCGUAGCUCCGCUCCGCUGCCCACCAUUCGUCCGGGAUGGCUCGCGAGAGGUCCCACAGGCCUUGUGUGUCCGCAGGGGCGAGGGGCACGUAUGCCCGAGGGAUCGCCUUUGGCUUGGCGUGUUUGACCUCGCCCUUGGUCUUGCCGCCCCUGAAGAUGAGUUGGUUGGGCACCGCCAGCACAUCGAUGCCGCUGCGGGGGUCAAAGGGGUCUAUCUUGUGACGCGCAAGGCCGAUGACGCGUUUGACAAGCGCAAGCUGAAUCGGACGACGCACCAGCUUCGACGGCAU